AGCAAAGGCACGAAACGCUUGUGUUGAAAAAGUCAUUGAGUUAAAAGACCAAGCUGUUUCUGAAAUUGUUGAACGAGAAUUAGCUAAACAAGAAGAAAAUUCCAAAUACGAAACUUGUUAUACUCUUAAGGAUCUAAAUACUGUUAAAGACCACUUGGACCAAAUUAAGCAUCACGUAUCACCUCCACCAGGCAGCAACCCUCAAAGUCCAAAUCAAAGUAUUUUUGAGAUCAACGACGAAAGUGACGAAGAAGAGUAUCGACCACUAGGAGAAGGAUCCCGAACUAAUAAUAACCUAGAAAAUUACGAAAGAAUUAUUAUACAAGGAUCAGCACACAAUACCGAGAAUAACUUUUCAGAAACUAGUGACUCUUCUGCAUCUGAAGUUGAAAUAAAUAUUAACCCACCUCAAGAUUACGAACAGGAGGUUUUUGAUAACUAUCUUGAUCAAAUUGAAUUUGAAUAG